AUGGACCGCGAGGAAGAUGAGAACCCGCCUAGAGCGACAAUGGCGCACGUGCUUAGCGGCGCCUGCCUGGGGAAUAGGGAGCAGGCCAGAUGGUUCCUCAGAGUAGCGCGAGCGCAGACGGGGACGGCGAUCAGCAAAGUAGCACAGGCGGCGCCCGACUCCAAGGAUACGCUGAAGACGCUGAGGAUAGCGCAUGUCGCUGCGCUGAAGGGCUCACGCUAUAGGGUGCUGGAUGAGGACGGGUACGAUGCACUAGCCCCAGCCGUCGGGGGGGUGUUGCCGGCGCUGGUAGAUGUUGGGCUCGGCCAGGUUUUCCGGAAAACAAAAAGGAAAACAGAGGGUCCCCAGCACUUUGCGUUUCCGGAAAUUUCCAGGGAAAACAGAGGGUGUUUGGUGCUCCAUUCUGUUUCUCUCGAGUUUCCCUGA